AUGUUAGUUUGGUCCCACCUUUUCAUCACGGUCCAUUUGGCCUCCAUCAUCCCGUCGUCACCCUCGAUGGAUUACAAAGAGCUCUACGAACAGGCGGAGCGCAGGCGGCAAGAAGCUGAGCGCAGGCAGCAAGAAGCUGAGCGCAAGCAGCAAGAAGCUGAGCGCAGGCAGCAAGAAGCAGAACGUGACGCGAUCGCAGCCGCCGACGCUCUCCGCACCGAACGUGAAGAGAAUGCACGUACUCAGUUUGACCGAACGAUGGAAGCCUACUUGCUCGAUAUCGACUCUAUGCACGAAUACAUACAACGGUUAAUACCCACGCCAGCCAAGAAAUCCAGCACGCUCUCCGAGGGCCAGAAGAGCCAGUCUUCCACCUCUGGCCGUACUUCCAUCUUUGGGAAGUACUAUCCGCUCAAGAUCCGCCCGUGGGACGAUUUCCGUCACUUAUACCGUGACGCGUUCGAGCGCGCCCGCGUCGUCAUCGGCGACUCAUUGCGAUUCCCGUCUAUCCUGGAUAUGAGAGCGGCGAGAAGGAACAUAGAUGAGCAAUUGCCACCUGCCUUCCUCGAGUCCGAAAGCUUCCGUAAUGAGGCGAAGACCUCCUACAUCAUCCACGAGGCACUGCAGAGGCCAGCACAGCAUGUCAUGAACGCCUAUCUCAAUGCCGCCGGAUCCCAAGUACAGCUCUACUUUGACAAUCGCUCGACCGGUUGGCAUGUCCGGGUCAGCCAGACGGUCGAUGCGGAGACCAGCUCCGACAUGCAGGGCGACGAAAGCGAUGCGGGUGACGUAGCGCAGAAGCUACCGCGCAAGAUGCAACCUGACUGCUUAGUGCUAGCCUCCCGGACGAUAUCUCCAUCUGCCGAGGAAGGGCAGGGGAAGCAUGCCGGCGAGCUUAGAUCGGUCUACCGCGUCCUGAUGGGCGAGCACAAGCCAGUACACCGUAUCAGGGCCAAGACCCUUUCUCGCCUUGGCCAGAGACAGUUGCCUGAGGACAUCAUGGUUCAGCUUGCCAAGGCCAAAAACAAGACGCAGCACGGGGGCGCCUCGGACGUCGACGAGACGCAUGGCCUUAAGUUGCCUUCCGGACAGAUAUAUUUCGCCAACGCGUUGUCGCAAACGUUUCAUUACAUGCUAUCCCAAGAUGACCCCACGACCCUGCUCGUCCAUUCCGAAGUCUACCCUCAAUAUUGUCAGAUGACGGCAGAUCAGCCCGACCCACCUCAGGAAGACACUAGAGACAUACGUGAGCUGCCUGUGUCGCAGCUAUGCGGCCUAUGCCUGCUCGCAUACGAGUCUAUCCCCGAGCCAGCCCGGCAGCGGAGCAUCAACGUAUCUCAGCUAGCUCUCUUUCCGGAGCUGCCCUCCUCGCUCCCACCUGGGUCGAGCUCGAGUCGAGUCAGCAGCGUACGCGGACGGCGGCGACGACGGGACGAUGGUGAUGAUGACGAUGAUGAUGCUGGUGGAGGCCAUGGAAGCCACGGCUCCCCUCCCAACGGGGGCAGCUCUCCAGCUAGCCAACUUCAGCCCUCAGCGCAUCAGCCGCGGAAGUCAUCUCCGCUAAAGCGUCAGCGUUCGGCCUCCCACCAAUCGCCAAGACAUCACGCGAUGGGCAGCGGCGAAGUCCACGAUCGGAAGAAGAGGCGGGUCGUCGUGUCGCCCACCCUCCCCAGCCCCUUCGACCCGUCCACCUUCAGGCCGAUCAGGCCAUACUGCACCCAGGCAUGUCUGCGUGGCCUAAUCCGGGGUGAGGAUAUGGAUUACAGCUGUCCCAACGUUCUCCUUCACCGUCAUGCCUGCCGUCUAAAGGGCCCUAGAUGGGCGAGGCACGCUAUCACGGGUGACGAGCUACGCGAGCUGGUCAGGUACCAGCUUUUUGAGAACUCAGAGCUCGAUUGCCAAUGUCUUCUCGACGAUGGGGCCUGGGGUGCCGUCGGUUGCCUAUUCAAAAUCACGGUAACGGGUUUUGGGUACACCCUAGUAGCCAAGGGCGUCGAGACGCUCUACCACCGCCGGCUACGACACGAGGUAGAAGUCUAUGACAAGCUGGAUGCGCAGCAAGGGCUACUCAUUCCCGUGUGCCUCGGCAUGAUCAAACUUAUCCUACCCUACCCGAUGGUCAAUUGCACGUUAGUCACCCACAUGCUGCUUAUGUCGUACGCUGGUGAGCCUCUCUAUCACGAACCAUUACGCCAGGAGCUCGAGCGCAUAGGCAUAGACGCCGACGAGGAAGAAUGGCGCACAACGCAGGAGCUGCGGGCCCUAGGGCUGAUCGACGAUGACGAUCUCAGCGACGGCAAUGUCAUGUGGUGUGCCGAGACGAAGCGGGCCAUGAAGAUUGAUUUUGACCAAGCUUACGUCUUGACGGUGAACAGCGACCAGGUCCGGAAAACGUCGACACCAUCAAGGUCAACUGCAAACGGUGAGCUUCUGUCUGGCACGGAUCAGGACGAUCAUCUGCGAGGCUUCCGUGGCAGCCCAUCUUACUCGACAGUAGAUUGUCUUCUGCUUGCUUGA